AUGGCCGAAGAAAAUAUUUUAAAUAAAAUUGUUAAUGAAAAUGGAGAAGAAAAUAAGGAAGAUGAUAUUGUUACCCCAUGGGAAAUUGCAUCAUCCAGUGAAAAAGGAGUUGAUUACGAUAAAUUAAUAGCUAAAUUUGGUUGCCGUAAACUAGAAAAAGAUCAUGUAACAAGAAUUGAAAAUUUAACAGGAAAAAAAGCUCAUCCAAUGUUGAGGCGUGGGAUGUUUUUUGCUCAUCGCGAUUUAGACAUAAUAUUAAACCACUUUGAAAAAGGAAAACAAUUCUUUUUAUAUACAGGUCGUGGACCUAGCAGUGGAUCUCUUCAUCUUGGUCACUUAAUUCCUUUCAUGUUUACUAAAUAUCUUCAAGAUUCUUUUAAUGUACCAUUAAUUAUUCAAAUGACUGAUGAUGAAAAAUUUUUAUGGAAAAAUAAUACAACUGAAGAAUGUAAAAAAAUGGCUCAUGAAAAUAUGAAAGAUAUUAUUGCUGUUGGUUUUGAUCCAAAAAAAACAUUUAUAUUUACAAAUUUUGAGUAUAUGUGCCCCCCAUUCUAUGAAAAUGUUGUUAAAGUAUGGAAAGUUGUGACAAACAAUCAAGCAAGAUCAAUAUUUGGUUUCACAGGAGAAGAUUCAAUGGGAAAGUCAGCUUUUCCAGCAGUUGAAGCUGCACCUUGUUUUAGUACAAGUUUUCCACAAAUUUUUAAUAACAAAAAAGAUAUUCCUUGUUUGAUUCCAUGUGCUAUUGAUCAAGAUCCUUAUUUCCGUAUGACAAGAGAUGCUGCUCCAAGAUUAAAAUAUCCAAAACCUUCUCUAAUUUAUUCUUCAUUUUUACCAGCUUUACAAGGAGCUCAAACAAAGAUGAGUGCUUCAGAUGCUAAUUCAUGUAUCUAUAUAACUGAUACAGCAAAGCAAAUAAAAAAUAAAAUUAAUAAAUUUGCUUUUAGUGGUGGUCAGCCUACAAUUGAAGAACAUAGAAAAUUAGGAGGAAAUUGUGAUGUUGACACAUCAUUCCAAUUUUUAAAAUUUUUCUUGGAAGAUGAUGAAAAAUUAGAAGAAAUUAGAGAAAAAUAUACAUCUGGAGAAAUUCUUACAGGAGAAUUAAAAGCAAUGGCUAUUGACGUUGUUACAAAAGUUGUUCUUGAAAUUCAAGAGAGAAGGAAACAUAUUACUGAUGAAACUCUUAAUGAAUUUACAACACCAAGAAAACUUGAUUUUGAUUUCUGA